CUGCCCUCCAUGCUGAUGUUCGGCGUGAUCCUGGCCUCCAGCGGGCUGCUCCUCAUGAUCGAGAAGGGCAUCCUGGCCGAGGUGAAGCCGCUGCCGCUGCACCCGGCGGCGGGGGAGCUCUCCCGGCGAGGCGGCGGCGGUGAGGGGGGCCCCGGCGACCUGGAAUCCGAGGUGCUGCGGGACAUCCGCAACCGGACGAUCCGCGCCGUCUGCGGGCAGCCGGCCAUGCCCCGCAGCGUCUGGGAGCUGCCGGCCGGGCAGCGGCGGACGGUCCUCCGGCACCUCCUGGUCAGCGACAAGUACCGCUUCUUGUACUGCUACGUGCCCAAGGUGGCCUGCUCCAACUGGAAGCGCAUCCUGAAGGUGCUGGACGGGGCGCUGGAGAGCGUCGACGUCAAGCUGAAGAUGGACCACAAGAGCGACCUGGUGUUCCUGGGGGACAUGAAGCCAGACGAGAUCAGCUACCGCCUGAAGAACUACUACAAGUUCAUCUUCGUGCGGAACCCGGUGGAGAGGCUGCUCUCGGCCUACCGCAAUAAGUUUGGGGAGAUUAAGGAGUAUCAGCAGAAGUACGGGGUGGAGAUCAUCAGGCGGUACCGGAAGAACGGGGGGAGUUCGGCCGGUGACGACGUGACCUUCUCUGAAUUUCUCCGGUACCUGCUGGACGAGGAGGUGGAGAGGAUGAACGAGCACUGGAUGCCCAUCUACAACCUCUGCCAGCCCUGCGCCGUCAGGUACGACUUCAUCGGCUCCUACGAGCGCCUGAACGCCGACGCCGACUACGUCCUCGAGCGAGUCCAGUCGCCCUCCUUCAUCCGCUUCCCCGAACGGCAGUCCUGGUACAAGCCCGUGACGGCAGAAACGCUCCAUUACUACCUGUGCAACACCCAACGCCGGCUGAUAAAAGAGCUGUUACAAAAAUACAUCCUAGAUUUCACCCUCUUUGCCUACCCCCUUCCCAACAUAACCAGCGAAUUCUGCAGGCAGUGAGUUGUUCAUGUCGGGUUCUGGUGUGAAUUCUGCCUACGCUGCAAGGAUUUGCUCAUGCAGCCGUUGCUGCGAACAACACGUUGCUGCAGGGCCUGUGAAACACGCUCUUCUAUGCAUUAUUUCCUAAUUUUAUACUUCUCAGACUCUGUUUUAUAUAAAAUAUUAUAUAUUGCCUUUGCUACUAGAAUACUUUUUGUAUUGUUUUGAUUUUAAUGUGUACAUAUGCCGCUGACUUGAGCACAGUAGCUUUUGUAUAUCUAUUUUGCUUUAAAUUCUUUGUUAUGGCACAAUAUGGAAAACAUCCAUAAGGAAAUUGAGAAACAUAUAUUUUGAGUAUUUUUUCCUCCUUUUUUGUGUUUUGUACUAAAUAGUAAUAGCAAUCAUAAUAUAGCAGUUGAUGUGCUAUUAACAAUAUAGUGGUUGAUGCGCUAAAAAUUAGCGGUGUUAAAACUGGUGCUGGAUUAGGCAGGAGUUAUUUUUUGGGGUAUGAGUAGAAGAAAAGGUUUUUAUAAACUAGGCCCUAUUUAUCGUUUAUUUUCUCAUCUGUAGAUGGCGGUUAAAUGAGGUUGGUCUUUUUUUCUGUUAACAGUAGCAAGUCUUGUUUUUAUUACUAUUAUUAAUUAUUAUUAUUUACCGUUGAAAUAAAACUAGUGAUAGGAUAAUAUUCACUUUUGUGUGAUUUUAAGAUUCAAAAGUACCAACUAUUUACCCAGCAUACCAUAUCAGGUGCAAUAUCAAGCCAUAACCCUUUGCUCUUCUCUCUCUUUCUCUCUGGAUUAAAGCAAUACAGACUCUGGAAAGACCAAAACCCAGACUGGUUCCUGUGAUGGAAAGCACCAAAACCCCAUCGCAUGCCAGGGCAGCUCACAGCCUCCGUGGGUGUCUGUGUGCCCACACGCAUGCAAACCACCGUGGAAAAUUACUUUCUCCAUGUUUUGAACCAAUGGUGACUUGAGGAUUAGUUCUCCCUUUUUAUAUAGAUGUGCACACCAUUUUUAUAGCUACUUGUAUUUAAUUACGGCUGAUAAAUUGUAAAAGUUUGGGAGAUAAUGUUGGAUGUUGUUCCUGGGAGGCUGUGUCCUCGUUCCUAAUAAAGUUUUUAUAUGAA